GGUCUCUCCAUCGACGGAAUACGAUGCACAAAAUAAAAAAAGGAAUAAAAAAGAAGAUCAAAGGAAAGAAAGGAAAAAAUGAUGAGUUGUUUACCCCAGAAGAAUUAGAGAAGUAUAAAAGAGAAAAAGAGGAGGAAGCCCGUCGCCUCGCUGAGCAGCAGAAGAGCGAGCCGGAGCAUCUCCAGCAGGAGGCAGUACAGUCUGCCGAAGGUGCCUCAGCUGCACCAGACACCAAGGAGUCUUCCUCAAGUGCCGGAGAAGGCGACUGGAGGAAUUUCUUAGCAGCCACUGACACCGUUCUCAAGCAGACUAGUGAUAAUCUCGUGCAAAUCAAGGAGGCAAGCUUCUUCCACAAGAAGGAGGAAAAGACAGUAGAACUCGUCACCGAAACUACUGAAGUCACCCCAGCAGCGACCAGCUCCGGCAAAAAGUGGGUUGACCUUGAGGCAGGAGGGAUCGAUGAUGAGAAUGAAGUAGAGGGAGAUCAAGAGGAGCCACAACUUGAGUCACAGCCUGAGCCAAAACCCAGUCAGCUCCACUUCAUCGAAGUUCUUCCUGACGUCGAUGUAGAUGAGUUUACCGAUGUCUUCGAUACCACUUAUGUCGACAAUGUAGAAAGUGGUGAGGUGAAACUUCAUUACAUUCCGGACAGUCCAACUUUAGAAGAUCCAAACGAGCCUGAUCCUUUUGACACAUCGGUGGUUGACAAAGUUUUGCACAUCGUUAAACCCGAACCAAAAGCAAGGAAAGAAAAUAAACCUAAACAGAAAAAGAAACUUGUGAAUUUAGGAAGUGCUGUUGAGGUUUUAACUGGUAAUGUUCACAGUGUCGAUAAACCUACACUUUCCGGAAGCCUAAAACGACGUCAAGUGAUAGCAAAAGAGAUUAAUUUGCUUGCUGAUGUUAAUGGCAGUGAAGAUAAUGUAAAAACUGCUGAAAUCAGUGAAGAGGAUAAUAAGAACACCAAAGAGACUAAUAUCCUCGAUGAGAUACUUUGCCUUGGUGAACUAGACGUUGAGCUCCCUGAACCUGGUGUUGCUGUACACCCUACAUCACGACCCACGUCCCCUCCUCUUCCUGCCACACAAGACCAGGACAAAACCAAUUCUGGUGUAAUUAUUAACGAUGGCAUUGAAGGUGAAAACAAAGAAGUUGAUCUAAGUGAAUUUCUAGAAUCUUCUGGAGAAGAUCAAGAUUCUAAAGAAACCAAACCAGACAACGGCAAAGAUCUUGAUCUUAAGGAUCUUGUUGCUGAAUUUGAUAUUAUAGACAAAUCUGAAGUUACUAACGAAGAUUUAGUCGCUGCUAACGAAGACGACUUUGAUGCAGAAUUUGCCUUUUUAGCUGCCGAGUCAGUAGCAAAAGCUAAGGAAAAGGAAUUAGAAGAGUUCGAAGAGGAUCCAUUUGACACAUCAGCUGCUGCUCAAGUUCUAGGCCCAGAAGAUAACUUUGCUGAAAAAGAUCCAUUUGAUGUUGAUUUUGUUGAAGAGGUAUUAGGAGAAGAGACAGAGGUCAAGCCUAGCAAGCCACCGCCUCCACGACCAGCACCCCCUAAAGCCCAGGAGGAAGAACCUAAAGAGGUCGAUCCUUUCGAUACAUCAAUAGCAGAUAAACACUUACCUGUUGAUCCAUUUGCUUUUACAGAAACAGAUACAGAUCUUCCUGAAUCUUUACAACCACAGUCAGAAUGUCAGCUCAUUAAAUCUGACAGUUUUGACCCAUUCGAUACUUCGAUUGCUGACAGUUUUGGCAGAACAGAACUCAAGGUCCUAGAGACAGAAUUAAUCAGUGGCAGCGAGGCACAAGCCACAGAGCCCCUUAAAAAGAGUGACUCCGACUUCGAUUUUGACCCAAGAGCAGAGGAACCUGAAGCAACAGCUCCUAUUAGACCUCCACCCCCAACCAGACCUCAAUUGCCUUGUCUUCUCACUGGCACUGAUAUCAAAGACAGCUCUGCCCCUGUUCUUGAUCCUUCCAAGGGUGCAGAAAUUGAUGAUUUUGAUCCAUUUGACACAUCUAUAGCUGCUAAAGUUGAAAUACAAACCCUAGAAGCAGAAUUUCUUAGUGGGUCAGAGUACGUGCAGCAAACAGGAACCCAAGAUCCAGCUCAGUCAACGAAGAACCCCUCACCUCGACCUGUUCCAGCCCAAGUCCACCUUCUUGCUUCUACACCAACAGACACUAAUCCCACACUUCAGCCAUCAGCUGCUUACAACGAAGUUGAGGAAGACGACUUCUUUGAUCCUUUCGACACAUCUAUUGCCAAUAACUUUGGAAAGACAGAGCUUAAAUCCCUCGAAGAUGAACUUUUAUCCGCUCAAGGAAACCCGCAAGACCUAAAUACAGUUUCUAAUGUGAAACCUAAUAGGGUAGUACUAAGCUUGCCCAUUGAACCCCUUCGUCUCCCAUCCCCUAAGUGUCUUUUAGCAACUACGCCAUUAGACGAGCAGCCAACACUUCAGCCAGUAAUUGAACAAACAGUUGAACCAGCUGAUCACCAGGACGACGACUUUGACCCUUUCGACACAUCUAUUGCAGAUAAAUUCGGGAGAACUGAGUUGAAAGUUCUCGAGAACGAAUUUCUUGUUGCCGAAUCUAUCCAAAAAGUCGAAGCCGACGACAGUUUUGAUCCUCGGGCAGAAAGAGCUACGUCACCUAAACCCCCAAGACCCUCGAGGCCUUCAUCACCAGCUGUCAGCAAGUGUUUGCUAACUGCUUCUCCAGUUAGCACUCCAAGAGACGUUAAGCUGCUUGCUCCUACAGAGCUCAAAUCAGUAAUUACAGAUAAGGAAGUUGAUCCAUUUGAUACUUCUAUUGCUGAUAAUUUUGGCAAAACUGAACUCAGGCACCUUGAGAAAGAAUUACUGACCGCUGAAGUACCCUCAAUUCCUGACGACUUUGACGAAUUUGAUCCAAGAAAGGAAGAAGCUCAGAACCUCUCAGCUCUAACAAAUUCCUUGGGACCUGAAAGACCAUCACUUCCAGCUUCUUGUCUCUUAGCAGCCACACCCACUGAGAGCAAAGUUCCACUGCAACCCUGUCUUAACCCAGAGCAAGGGCCUCAAGAAGGCGCCACUGCUGACGAAUUAGAUCCCUUUGACACUUCCAUUGCUGAUAAGCUUGGUAAAACUGAAAUAAAAGCACUCGAAGAAACCCUCUUUACGAAGGACAACGAAGCAGCUUCUGCCAAGGAAGAAAUCACCUCUCUGUCAGUAACAAAUUAUAAACUAGAUCACCUCACUUCAUCACCCACUCCUGACCUAGGACCAACUCUCCAACCUGUUACAGAGCUAAAAGGAGAGGAACCUGUAGAAUUUGACCCAUUUGAUACCUCGAUAGCAGAUAAAUUUGGUAAGACUGAGCUAAAAACUUUAGAGAGUGAGCUUUUGUCUGACUCGGGAACCAAGAAGAACUUAAGUGACGACGAAUUUGAUCCUCGGGAAGAAGAGAACAAGACUCCAAAACACCCACCACAAACUGUUCAAAAGCCAGCCUCACCACAUAGUCUCCUAGACUCUUGUGACGACCAUAAUAUAUCUGAUCAACCCAUUCAGGUACUUCAAGCUCAGUCUAUUGCAUCUACCUUUCAUGAUUACGAUCCAUUUGAUACAUCAAUAGCUGCUGACAUUGCUCCGAGUAAAGCCGAACUCAAAUACCUCGAGACACAACUCCUGACGGCUGCCCAAGACCCCUUUGAUACUUCUAACGUACCUUGA